CCCGACUGCGUCCGCCGACAGAAGCGCCGGGAGCUGGACGCCCGCCGCAGCAGAUGCCGCAUCCGCAUCGGGGGGCACCUGGAACGCUGGUGCCACCUCAAGGAGCAGCUCGGCUUCUCCCUGCACUCCCAGUUGGCCCAGUUCCUCCUCGACAGGUUCAGCUCCCCCAGCUGCGUCUGGAGCCCAGGCGAGCCGGAGCCCAACCUCCGCGCCGAUGCCCUGCAGCGCUUGGUGGUCCUGUCCCACGGUCACGGCCAAGAGUGCGGCUUCGUCCCCGACGUGAAACCCCCGGCCCCGGGCAGUGCGUCCCGGCUGGUGUCGGAGUGCGUGGCCGGGCAUAGCUUCUCCUGGGACGUACCCGACUCGGUCGCCUCCCCAAGCGCCGGCGGAGACGGGGACCGUGGCAAAAGAUCACAGGAGGUGAGUGGUGGCACGCAUGAGUCUUCCCCCAGCGUAUAACUGGAGGAGAAAGCCGAGCAGGGGGCUGAGCCCCAAGAAGAGGAGGAAGAGGAGGACGAGGACUUUGCCGACGACGACGACCUCACCUACACCGAUGACCUGCGUGAUGAGAACUACCACCCGUCUCUGGACAGUGACUCUGAGCCGCACCGACGACAAAGCCAGACCAAAGCCCGUAAGGAACCCAUAAAGGAGGAGCAGCCCCCGAAUGAGCCAAGCCUCACCAGCUCCAGCUCAUCGGAGGAGAAGGUCGGACGCGUCAGCUGCAAGAGGCGAGCACGGCCGCGCGAUGAGGACGUGGCCCAGAUCGGCCUGAAGAGGAUCAGGAAGGCAGCCAAGCGCGAGAUCCUCCUGUGCGACUUCGAAGGCUGCGGCAAGAUCUUCUCCAACCGGCAGUACCUGAACCACCACAAGAAGUACCAGCACGUCCACCAGAAGACCUUCACCUGCUCGGAGCCCAGCUGCGGCAAGUCCUUCAACUUCAAGAAGCACCUCAAGGAGCACGAGAAACUGCACAGCGGUGACCAACCCGGCAACACGUGCGGCGAGUGCGGGAAGAGCUUCAGCCACAAAUCUGCCCUGGUGAAGCACCAGAAGAUCCACACCGGCGACCGCCCGCACGAAUGCCCCGACUGCGGCAAGUGCUUCAUCCAACGCUCGGACCUCACCAUCCACCAACGCGUCCACACGGGCGAGCGGCCCUACGCCUGCCCCGACUGCGGGCGACGCUUCAGCGUCAGCUCCUCCUUGCUCACCCACCAGCGUACCCACGCGCCCGGAGGGGAGAAACCCAACCGUUGCCCCCAGUGCGGACGCAGCUUUGCCGAUCCGGGGGCUCUGGACCGGCACCAGAAGAGCCACUUGGGUGGGAAACCCUACGAGUGCGGGGUGUGUGGGAAAGCCUUCUCCUGGAGCUCCCACCUCGAGCGGCAUCGACGCAUCCACACCGGCGAGAAGCCCUUCCAGUGCGCCGAAUCUCGGAAAAGAGCCAUGGGGACCCUCAGCUCGGGUUAG